UCGUAUACACGAUAAAGUUGUUGCUAUAGAAAUAUAAUAGUUCAUUUCAAAUGUGUGUUUUGUGUAAUCGAUGAUUGAAAAUGACCGUACUACAUUCAGCGAAUAUCUUUUAAAAAACAAUAAAAUAUAUUUUUAUGAAAAUAGUACAAGUUUAGUUUAAGUAAAAUAAUGAUAAAUUACGAUUCAGUUAACAAUGCAAUGCACCAAGGACGUGAUUAUGAAAAAAAAAAGAAACAAGAAAGAAAAAAGUCAAUUCUUUACUUAAUAGAGAAUUUUUUAAGAACAGAAGGGUACACAACAACGGCAUCGAGUUUAGUAGAAGAAGCUUUUCUAAAUACAAAUCAUCAUGUAGUUUGCGAUAAUAUAGAUUUAGAUACCAUUCUCAUUGAGUACGAAAACUAUUAUUAUUUACGUUAUCAAAAAAAACCAAAAAUUAGUAAACCAUUGGAUAUUGCUAAGACUAGCACUACUUUUGCUAUAAAGAAUAAAACCAAAACUACAAAAAAAACUAACCAAAGUCCAAGUCAAUACUCUCAAGACAAUCAAUCACUAGACACGAAUUUUAUAACAAUAACUCCUUUAAAUAAUUCGUGCGUUGAAACUUUAGAAAAUGAAUAUUCUCUACCUUCUAUUGAUCUCGAUUAUUGGAAAGACGAAUGGAAAGUUUACGCCGAAAUUAUUUCAAAAGAUAUUUUAAUGACAAACCCCAAUGUGAAAUGGUCUGACAUUAAAGGACUUUCAACGCCUAAAAAACUAUUAGAUGAAGCCAUCGUAUUGCCAACAAAAUAUCCAGAUUUAUUUACUGGACUAUGUACCCCAUGGACUGCAAUGUUAUUUUAUGGUCCUCCUGGAACAGGAAAAACAUUACUUGCUAAAGCGGUUGCGACGGAGUGUAAUACUACAUUCUUUAACAUUACACCGAGUACACUAGUUACAAAAUGGAGAGGAGAUUCUGAAAAACUCAUUAAAGUUAUGUUCGAAAUGGCAGAACAUAUGUCACCUAGUACAAUUUUCAUUGACGAGUUAGAUACAAUAGCAUCAAAACGUAUUGACCACGAAGCUUCUCGUAGGCUAACAUCUCAAAUCUUAAUACACAUGGAUGGUCUGUCAAGUUCAAAAAAAAGAAUAUUUUUGCUAGCCACAUCAAAUCACCCUUGGGAAUUAGAUCCUGCGAUAUUUCGUCGUCUUGAAAAACGUAUAUUUAUUGACUUACCAGAUGUCCAAGCUCGAAAAGAUAUGUUUGAAUAUUAUUUGUCAGAAAUGUUACAAAAAAACAAGUACAUUAAAUGUAAAAUAGAUAGUGACAGUCUAGCACAAAAAACAAACGGUUAUUCUGGUUCAGAUAUAAAACUUAUAUGUAAAGAAACUGCAAUGCACGCUAUGCGUUUAAUGUUUAAUGUUUUGGAAAAUAAAUCAAGUAAUCAUUUCAACUGUAUAAUAACUAAUAACGAAGUCAACAAUACAAUUUCUAAAACUAAGCCAUCAACUAACGAUACAGAUAAUAAUAAAUAUAAAAUUUGGCAAUCACAAUAUGCAUCAUAUUAAAUACUUAUAUAACUUAUACUAUUGUUAUUUGUAUUUAUUAAUAAUAAUUGGGUAAACUACAGUCCGGCGAUACAACAAAUAUUGUUAAUAAUUUAAUACUGCGCACGUUGGUAUAGUAAGAAUAUUAACCAUAAAAGGAACCUAAUUACAGUGUAUAUGCAGUGCCAGAUCUACAAAUUUUGUUGCCCAGGGUGCUACCGUAAUAUUAGCACCAAUAAAUAAUUCAUCAUAAAUGAGUUAAUAUAUGGAUUAUUGUAGAAAAUUUCAAGGUAUAAUAGGUUAAAUUUAAUUUUCAGACAAUCAACAUUACAUAUCAUAGGUACGUAGCGUAGCGUUCUGUGUGGUUUCAGCAUUACUUAUGAACAUAGUUGGUUCUCUACUCUUAUUGACAACUACAUAAAUAUUAGAAUACAUUAAUAUGUCAAAUAUGUU